GACACUUUUCAAGCUCAUAUAUACCUGCCUACGUUUAAAAUGACUCCUUCACUCGAGGUCUUAGAUAUUGACCCGAAACCGACCCUGAACCCGUACAGUGUUAAUUCGAUCAAGAAUGAAGAUGGUGACAAAAAUGAUUUGGUAUUAAAGGUAUUUAGAUGUCUUAUCGCCGAUCUUUGCGAGCAAUUCAAAGGUGGACAUCCUGGAGGUGCCAUGGGCAUGGCAGCAAUUGGAGUCGCCCUUUGGAAAUACGUGAUGCGAUUCUCACCUCGCAAUCCCUCAUACUUCAACAGAGAUCGUUUUGUCCUAUCUAAUGGACAUACAUGCCUCUUUCAGUAUACUUUUAUGCACCUAGUCGGAUAUGACAAUAUGACUUUAGAUCAAUUAAAGUCAUAUCACUCGAAAAGAGUUGAUUCUCUUUGCCCUGGUCAUCCCGAGAUCGAGCACGAAGGUAUUGAGGUUACGACUGGUCCCCUUGGUCAAGGUGUCGCAAAUGCAGUUGGUCUGGCUAUGGCAAGCAAGCACCUUGCAGCUAUCUAUAAUCAACCAGGCUUUCCUGUCGUUGACAACAUGACUUGGUGCAUGAUAGGGGACGCUUGCCUCCAGGAAGGUGUUGCUUUAGAAGCAAUUUCUCUUGCCGGCCACUGGAAGCUGAAUAACCUUGCUAUUAUUUACGACAACAAUCAGAUCACCUGUGACGGCUCCGUUGAUCUAGCAAACACUGAGGAUGUGAAUGGAAAGAUGCGAGCGUCUGGCUGGAAUGUGAUAGAUGUCUUUGAUGGCGUGUUCGACGUCAAUGGCAUACUUGAGGCACUCAUUACGUCCCGCGCAAGUGAUAAACCAACAUUCGUCAAUGUCCGCACUAUUAUUGGUGUCGGAAGUGCGGUAGCUAACAACGCAAAAGCUCAUGGUGCAGCUUUUGGAUCCGAGGCAGUUGCGAAUAUGAAAAAGAGCUUUGGCAUGGAUCCCGAGGCACACUUUGUAAUUCCAGACACUGUCUAUGAAUAUUUCCACGAAGUUCGCUCCAGAGGAGCGAGAUAUGAAGCAAACUGGAAUUCUUUGGUCGCCUCAUACGCUAAGAGCCACCCUCAGUUGGCACGAGAGUUUAACCUGCGAGUUCGUGGCAAAAUGCUGGACGACUGGUCCAAAUAUAUUCCAUCAAAAGAGAGCUUUCCAACCGGACCCACCCCUUCCAGGAAGUCUGCUGGUAUCGUGUGCAAUCCUCUAGCACAAAACUUGAAGAACUUCAUGGUUGGGACUGCAGACUUGUCUCCGUCAGUAAAUAUGAUCUGGAAAGAUAAAGUAGAUUUUCAAAAUCCCGAGCUCAAGACUGCUUGUGGAAUUAAUGGCGAUUACAGUGGUCGCUAUAUCCACUGGGGAAUCCGUGAGCACGCGAUGGCGUCUAUUUCGAAUGGCCUUGCUGCCUUCAACAGGGGUACUAUACUUCCUAUUACCUCAACAUUCUUCAUCUUCUACAUUUACGCCGCCGCAGGAAUUCGCAUGGGUGCCUUGCAAGGAUUGCACCAGAUUCAUAUUGCAACACAUGAUAGUAUUGGCACGGGAGAGGAUGGUCCAACGCAUCAGCCUAUUGCUCUUCCCUCCUUAUACCGGUCCAUGCCUAACCUUCUAUAUAUUCGCCCCUGUGAUACUGAAGAGGUAGCAGGCGCCUUCAUAGCUGCUCUCAACGCCACCUCUACACCAUCAAUAAUCUCACUCUCUCGUCAGAAUCUCCCUCAGUACCCAGCACACACCUCUAGAGACGGCGUCCAACUUGGUGCUUAUGUCUUUUCCGAGCAGACCGGUGCAGAGGUUACCCUCAUUGGUGUCGGCGCCGAGAUGGUUUUCGCGGUUGAAACGCGCGAUAUUCUCGCAAAAGAAUAUGGUAUCAAAGCUCGCAUUGUCAGCUUCCCAUGUCAACGCUUGUUCGAUCAACAAUCACGCGAAUAUCAGCAGGAAGUAUUGCAAUAUCGUGCCGAUCGACCAAUCGUGGUGAUUGAGGCCUUUGCAAUAAACGGCUGGGAGAGGUACGCCGACGCAGGCGUUAGCAUGAGCAGCUUCGGCAAGAGUUUGCCUGGUGGCACUGCGUACGAACAUUUUGGAUUUGAUGGGAAGGUGAUUGCACCGAAGGUCAAGGCCCUGGUAGAGAAGGUACGCAAAGAAGGCGUUCGUUGUUUGAGGGGCAAUUUCCGGGACUUGAAUGGGAUUAUGGGUUAUGGAUUUGAGCAUUAG